GUGCCUGAGGUCACCUUUAGUUUCCUUGUUUUCCCCAACUUUGCACUGAUAAGAUCAAAGAGCUACUUGGCUUUAACAGGAGAAACGUAAAGCACAGGUAAAAUAUUCUAUAGCCGUGAGUGGUUUUGGAAUGAAUGAGCUCUACCAGAUGUGACUCAUGGACCUGGAAAAGGACACAUUUAUUACACGGAAUAUGGAUGCAAAGAAAAUGGAAUAAGUGAGUAAAUGUUAUAAGACCGAGGAAGGAGCUGAUUCAGUCCAGUGACGGUUAAACAUUAUUCUGGAGUUCUACCAAAAAGAUGGGGGGAAACAUUUGGAUUUUGAGAUUCCUUUUUUUGCUGUUUCAAGUCUGGUGUUUUGUUGCCGUGGCUGAAAUGGAGAUCCAGCCACACCACCUCAACAACAGAACCAUCUGUAGUGAUGAGAUCUCUAUCAGUAACAAGCUUGAUUUAAGUUUAGAGCUCCCCAUCAUUCAGUUUCCACGUAUGUCUGGCAGUUUGCAGCGGAUUAAAAGGGAAUGGGUUAUUCCUCCAAUUAACUUUCCAGAGAAUGACAGGGGGCCUUAUCCUAAACACAUGGUUACGAUCAAAACAAGCAAAGAUACAAUGGUAGAGAUAACAUACAAGAUCACCGGACCUGGGGCUGACCUGCCCCCUGUGGGUGUUUUUACCAUUGGUGGCCGAUCUGGGGUGUUAUAUGUGACCCAGCCACUGGACAGAGAAAAAACAUCCAGAUACACCCUGAGGGCCCACGCACUGAACGAGGGCAUCAAGACUGAGGAACCCAUGGAGCUCAUUAUUAACGUUAUUGACCAGAAUGAUAAUGCACCAGAAUUUACACAGAACCCUCUCUAUGGCCAAGUGAACGAAAGUGCUGCCAUUGAUGCUUCGGUCAUGCAAAUAACAGCAGUGGAUAGAGAUGACCCACGCACAAGCAAUGCUAUGAUUAGAUAUCAGAUAAUGUCUCAAAGGCCACAAAUCCCCAAAGAGAACAUGUUUGCCAUAAACCCAGUGACUGGAAUAAUCAGUGUGAUUGCACCUGGACUGGACAGAGAGGCUCACCCUAGGUACGAGCUGAUCAUUGAGGCUGCUGACAUGGAAGGGGAUGGGCUAAAGGCCACUGGCACUGUUGUUAUCGCCAUUAACGACAGCAACGAUAAUGCUCCACGAUUCACUGUCACAUCUGUAUCUACAUCAAUCCCUGAGAAUGAAGUUGGCAUGGAGGUACUGAGGUUAAAAGUCACUGACCAGGAUGAGAAAGGAUCUCCAAACGCCAACACCAAAUAUUCAAUAGUCAAAGGAAAUGAAGCAGGACAUUUCAGUAUCACCACAGGCCCUGAUAAAAUGGAAGGAAUCCUCACCACAGCAAAGGGGUUGGAUUUUGAAAGCAUCUCUGUUUACACUCUACUGGUGGUGGUAACAAAUGAGGUGCCCUUUUCUGGACCGGUGUCGACCUCCACCGCCACAGUCACCAUUACAGUCACGGACAUGAACGAGCCUCCUGUUUUCAGCCCGACACAGAUCCACAAAGACAUGCCAGAAGAUGCAGAAACUGGGAGAGAUGUGGCGAAGCUCAGAGCAAUAGAUCCAGAUAAAGCCAGGAAAACAAGCAUUAAAUAUAAACUACUUAAAGAUGCUGCUGGAUGGCUCAACAUUGAUAAAGACACAGGACUGGUCACAGUUAAAAACAGCAUGGACAGAGAAUCACACUUUGUACAAGAGAACAAAUACACAGCCAUAGUUGUGGCUUAUGAUAAUGAUACUGUUCCAGCUACUGGGACAGGAACUCUGGUGGUGACUUUAUUAGAUGUGAAUGAUCAUCGGCCCGUAGUACUGCAGAGGGAAGUCACUCUGUGCAGCAGUGACCCAGUUCCUGUUCACCUGGACAUAGAGGACCUAGACGGACCUGGUCACGCUGGACCAUUUUCUGUACAGCUACAAGGAGAGCACCGGAUCAACUGGACCGUUCACACCAAUUCUACAAGUAACGUGGCGUUGCUGACCCCCAAACGGGAGUUGUCACCUGGAAACUACAUGGUGUUAAUGCGUAUCUAUGAUGCUGGGAGGCUCUACCAAGACAGCACCCUGAAUGUAGAUGUGUGCCAGUGCCAAGGGGCUGUCGACGCCUGCUUCAUCCCACAUUCAGCACCUCGUCUGCACAUUCCCUCUUUGACAACCUCAGUUCUAGGAGCUAUAUUUGGUGUUCUGUUACUGCUGCUGCUGCUGCUGCUGCUGUUUCUGCUAAAAGGGAGGGAGAGGUCAGAGAAAGAUAUCUGUCUUCUUGAGGAUGUACCUAGAGACAAUAUUUUCUACUAUGAUGAAGAGGGAGGAGGGGAAGAAGACCAGGAGUAUGACCUGAGCCAACUCCACAGAGGACUGGAUAACCAUCCUGAAGUCCUCUGCACUGACGUGUUUCCUACGAUGCAGACUCGUCCAAGUUACCGUCUUCGUCCUCAAGCUAAUGAGGAUGUAGGCCACUUCAUAGAGGACAACUUGCAGAUUGCAGACGCUGACCCCACAGCUCCUCCAUACGACUCUCUGCUGGUGUUUGACCAUGAGGGCGGUGGCUCGGACGCAGAUUCACUCAGUUCCAUCAACUCCUCAAAUGAAGACCAGGACCAGGACUUUCAGAGCCUGGCCCAGUGGGGGCCACGCUUCAGCAGGUUGGCUGACAUGUACUCAGGGGGCAUAGAGGAGGAUGACGACACAGAAACACUGCCAGGAAAAACAGAAUGGGUCUGAUAUGGUUAAAUGUAUGUAUUGUAUGUAUUUAACCAGUUGGCCAGUGAUAGGAGGCAUUUGUGAAUCUUUAAAUCCAGCAAAUAUACCAGAUUUUUAUGAAACUUACCAAUAUAAUACCAAAUACAUUUACACAUUAAAUUAUUUUUUGUUGAUGUUUGUCUUAAUCUUAACAUUACUUUUAUACCAAAUUCUGAAUGUCUGUAAUUUCAUAAUUCAUUUGCAUUCAUAACUUAAUCACAUAUGUUGUAUUCUAUUACAUUAACACUGUGCUGAAAACUACCUGAUCAGAAUGUUACCUUUGGAGUUCCCCAGGGCUCAGUCAUGGGUCCAGUUUUAUUCGAAAAUUUUCUUUAUAUUGGCAUCAUGACUGGAUUAUUUACAUCUUUAUAUGUAACACAAUUUCCUCUUUUUUUCUUGGUUUAUGCUGUGAAACUGUGCUUUGUAAAUAAAAUUGGCUUUUAUUCACAAAUGCAUAUGGAUAUUUUC